ACACUACAGUAUGCCAGAGCUGAGGCACGGACCACGUUUCCGCCAUCUCAAAAGCUGACAUAAAUUGACAAUCCAAACUCAACCAGAUGGAGAUGCUGGAUGUGUUAAUACUAGGGGCUGGCCCUCAUGCCUUGACCCUGGCGAGCUUGCUAUGCAAUCCUGACCAUGACCCAAACUCAAACCCUGGACACGAUUCCUCCCUCUCCACCUCCUGCUCGGACCCCCCGAGGCCUCAGCCAAACCUAGAAACAUCCAAAAACAGAUGCUGCAGUGGCAAGAAGAAGAGGAGGGCGACAACUGGAAUAACAAUUGAGGAGCAACCAGCAAAGUCAGUGACGUCAGAGAAGAUUAUUUGCCCCCCGCUGAGUCUCCAAGUGGUAGAUUCCUAUGGAGAGUGGACUGCUCUGUGGGAGAGCCAGUUCACCGCUCUGAACAUCGCUCAUCUGCGCUCACACACACUAGUGCACACAGACCCCCUAAAUAAGAAAGCAUUGCAGGAGUUUGUUCUAAAGUCUGAUCGUUCAGCAGAGCUUCACAGUCUUCCAGACCAAGUUUACAUUCUGGAUGAAAAUACAUUUUUCAAUGACAUGCGACUUGGAAAGAAGGAGAGGAAACGACUAAACAUCACCUCCACUCUUAAGAAGAGUUUGUCCUUCAGUCUGCCAGGAACCAAACUAAGUGUGGAUUUCUUUAAAGAUCAGGUGGAGAGAUACAACUUGGACCAAGUGCUGGUAAAGGGAACAGUGGAGCACAUCAUACCAGUUAUUGAGCUCGACGAAGAGAUGAAAGAAGAGAAUGACCACGUGAAGGAGCGUGAAACGGAGGGUGAGGCCAACAGGGUGACCAUGAGGAAGGGAGAUGGAGCAAGGAAGAGAGUGAAGUAUUUUCAAGUCCAGCUUCAGGAGGGCAUCAUCCUGAAAGCUCACCAGGUCGUUAUGGCAACAGGACCAACCCGUGCCCAGAUGGUAAACAUCCCUUCAUGGGUGAAAAGUAUUGGAGAGAGCUACCCAGAGGAGCGUUUGCAACACACAGUGUGCCUCAUGCACCAUCUACCAACUUCUAAGCAAAAACUUAGAGAAACAGAAUUUCAGAGACAGAAAGAGACUUUUGCCACUCAAGAAUCGUGUGUAGUUUGUGAGACAGGGCAGAGAGUAAUGGUAGUUGGUGGAGGUCUGACCAGUGCUCAUGUCGUCUCACUUGCCCUGCAGCAAGGUGCCAGCCACGUGAUGUGGGUCAUGAGGAAGCACCUCCAGUUAAAACAAUUUGAUGUGGGUGAUGUGGAGAGCCUGGUGGGUCGUUACUCCCACGUUGAGCAUGGCAUCAAGAUGGAUGGCCAAGCCUACCUCCGACAGUUCUAUAAUGAACGGAGUCUUCACAAACGGCUGGCCAUGAUUCGCCAGGCAAGGAAAGGAGGGGCCGUCACCCCAGAGGCCUACAUCCACCUAAAGCCAUUCAUACUAAAUGGGAAGGUGGAGGUGAAGACAUACUGUCAGGUGAGUGAAGCCAGCUGGUGCUACAAGAGCCAGGCCUGGAGUCUUUCCCUCAGUGAUGGAGACCACUGGACUGGAGAUAUGAUCUGGCUCGCCACUGGCUGCAAACUUGAUGUGAAACAGGACCCUUUGCUUUCUGAGGUGAUAAAAGAAUUCCCAAUUCAGGUGAUAGAUGGUUGGCCGUGCAUAUCAGAAAGCUUACAGUGGGCAGAAGGGUGCCCGCUCUAUCUGAUGGGGCAGUACACCGCUCUUCAGGUUGGACCUCAUGCAGUAAACCUGGCUGGUGGACAGGCUGCCAGCAUGCGUAUCGCCAAGGACAUCAUGCGCCUUCGGCAACGAGACAGUGGAGGUGCUUCUGAACUGAAUGGGGAGAAAUCUAAAACUGAAGAAUAUAUUCAACAGAUGCAGGGCCUGUUGUGGCUUUAACCUUAGCAUUUAGCCAGAAGAACUCAAAUUCACAUGUCGUGAGCAGUCAUCUAUUCCUUUUUUAAAAAAGUUACGACAUUAUAGAAAAUCUGUAUAUUCUCUGCUCCUUAUCUGAUGUGUUUGACAUCAGGGUUCAAAACAUGGCUGAUGUGAGCAAAUAUUUUAUGGCAUUAAAUAAUUUAUAAGGAA